ACAGGGGCACACAGCAGUCACACAACACUCGCACAACAGUCACACAGCACUCACACACAGUCCCGGCUGCACCUCUGCCUGCUUCGGACCGGAGAUACCCAAAAAACCAGACCCAAACUCAUUUCUUCUUGGAGUGAUUAUCAGAAUGGAGUGAUAUAGUUGCAUUUCACGUUGUCCUGCGUAAUCCAAGAAAUCAUUUGGACUGUCUGGAGUGGCAUCAGACUGGUUUUAGAAGACCCAAGCCCCCUACCAAGACUGUAACCUAAUCCAAGAUGUUUCCACCGCGCCACCGCACAAACGCUAGCAGCUGGACCAGAGACCUAUUUCUGAGCUGAUGCGGAUUGGAGAGCCAGCCGAGGGAAACCAGGCGACCUCACUACAUUCCAAAAGGCCCGGCCGCGUCCAACUACACAACUGCAUAGUGUUCUAAGCAAUUUAUGCGCGUUUAAUUCGGCCAGCUAUGCAGAACGGCAAGCUACAAAGACCAGGGCAGAGCUUGGCUUGCACAUGAUAGACAUAGAUGUUAAAUUGUCAGGUAUUUGGGAGUGCUGGAGAAGUUACACGCUUUUUGGGAUGCUGGAAUAAGUCUUGACAGCAGAUUUUUGUCGACAUAAAAUAAGACCGCAAGACUAUUCAGAAUUGGAAUUUGAAUAGACGCCAUUAGCAAAUCGCAAAGUACCAUAAUUUCCUUCAUAAACAACAAAAUAUCUUGUCUCAUAUUCCAUAAAACUGCUAACCUUGUAGUUUAGAUCUGUCCAAACAUGUUCUGAAAUGUGAUUCUUGUAUUAGUUUGUCAGUUCAUAUUUCAGUCUUUUUGUCAAUUCUUCUGGAAGUGUUUAAAAUGUGAAUUUGGAACAGAAUCCUAUUAUUAAACCAUAAAUAAAUCUAAACCAUUCAGACCUAGCAUAAAAUAUUGUAGAUUAAAGUUGUCGACAAUCUGGAAUUAUAUUUUGGAUUUUUUAAUAAGUGUGAAAAACUGGUCAAAAUGAAUCUUCAAGAAAAAUUAUCGGGACUAAAAGGUCUGGUAACACACUCCCACAGCAAGAGACGCUUUAAAGGGGACCUAACCACAGAUAUGAUCAGCCCCCCGCUUGGUGACUUCCGCCACACCAUGCAUGUCGGCCGUGGUGGAGACGUUUUCGGCGACACCUCCUUCCUCAGUAAUCACGGGGGCACGGCCAAUGGGAAUGGCGGUGAAACGGACUCGAUCACCAGCCCGGAUAACAAGAUAGGAGCCUUCUUCUCCAGGACCCUGCGCCAGAUCAGGAGGGGCUCGGACAACCGGCCCCGAGAGGAGGCCAAGGAGCUGUCGCCGCCGCCCCCGGCUGUGUCGCCCAUCAUCAAGAACGCUAUCUCCCUACCCCGGUUGGAUGUGGACCUACCCAAUGGGACCCCCACCCGAGUGCUCUUCCCCAGCAGCCAGAGCACGCCGGAGAACAAGACGACCACAUAUGGUGUGGACUCGGGCUUUGUCACCCUGCCUCGCCUGUCCCGCUUGGAGCGCCAGCAGCCCUCCAUCUCCCUCCCCGCCCCCCUCCCCCCAGACCCGCACCGCGGCUCCCUCACUGACCCCGACCAGCCCCUUCUCCCCACCCGCACCUCCGCCCUCCUCGCCACCGAACCCAAGCGCACUGCCUACUCCGACUCCCUGCCGUCCCUCACCUCGCUCGACUUCACCUUCGACCUGGGACCGUCCCUCAUGAGCGAAGUUCUGGGCCUGAUCGACGGCGGCCAUCUCGAGGACCAUGGCCACGCCUGGGAGGAGGGAUCGGCGUGCGGGCUGACCAACGAGGGCUCGGAGAUGGAUUCGGCGACCAUCUCUUACGUGGAUUCCCUGCUCAGAGAGGACUGCGGGGGCGGGAAAAGCCCAAACUGGGAUGACGAAGAGGCGAUCGAAGUUAACGAACGCGUAUUUUCAGUUAAAAUGCCCGAUGUGGUGAUGGGGUCUGCGGAGAGGGUGAAGGGGGGGGUAGGGAUGGAGAGUGAGAGGUUUCAGAGCGCGACAGAUGUGCUGGCACGUCACUACGGAGGCAGCGGGGUGGUGAAGGGACACUACAAGAUGGACGCUCACUCAGACAUGUUCAGCAAGAAGAAAAUGUCCUACACUUACAUUGAAGACGACGACGAAAUCAAAGUCUAAAGAGGAUAAAAGAGUGACGUUAUGGGUCCAUAUUACGCUAUUUUCUGAUCUAUGGUAUAAUGUUGUUUCCUCAUCAAAAAUAUACCAGUGUUUUGUUUCAGUCACACACACAAACCCUGCAUAUUUAGGCUGAGUUCACCUUGUCAUGUCGUGUUAAUCAUUGCGGUGGAUUUGCUUAUCUAUAUUGAACAAAGGGUGGCCAUUAACAUGAAAUCUACCACUACAUGACAUCACAAGGUGGAACAAAGCAUUUUGAGAUGUGGAUAUGUUUACAGACUAAUAAUAAAGUGUUACUCAAGUUUAUUUGAACAAAACAAAACAUAAAUCCAGGUGUUUUUGAUGCGAUAACAACAUUCUAAUAUGGCUUAAAGCUCACAAUAGUCAAUUUUGCAUAAUAUAGGACUUACAUAUUAUGAUUCCUGACUAUAAUCAAAGCAGCUUGUUUAUUGAAGGGAUAGCAAUAAAAAAAAAUGCAAGUCUGAUCAGAAUUUUUUAUAUCCAAAUGGACAUUUACUGAUUAACGGAUCUAUUUAUAACUAUGCAAUGAAGCCCCAGGUGUACCGGAAUAAAGGGUCCUGAUAGGAAAUUAGAUCAUCACAUAGAUGGGUUAAAGGUGAAAUAUGUAACUUUUCGGGUGGGGAUCUGCUACACACUUGCCUCCAAUCUCCAUGGAGAUGUUAGUGCUUUAUCUAGAAUGCUGCGCAGUAUGGCAUUACACUUGUUUUGCAUGUAUUUGAUUGCAAACAUUUUUAUUACUCAAAAAUCGCAGCAGAAUACCCGUAAAUAGAUUUGACCCCCGCUUGGUGGUAGAUACGUUUAAUGCCAUACUGUGGGAAAUUUCAGGCAAAGCAAUAGCAUCUCCUUUAACCAGAAAAGUUCCAUAAUGUAGCUUUAAAUAAGGGAAGGGGGAAAAUUUGAACAAUACAAAGUCUUACUGUAUCUUAUAGCCUUCAAGUCACUCAGGAAUGCACACAAAGGGAGGUUUUACACUACGAUUGUUGCUGAUUGGAUAUUGAGGGAUGAGUAUUUUCUGUUUAACACUAAAGCCUAUAGCUGCAGACUACAAUUACUCUGAGCACCUUGUAUGAAAAUGAAGUCUGACUCCUGUAUUGCUUUUUAUAGAAGAUUUGUCUUAUAUAUUUUCUACACUUGUACAUGAAAAUAUAAGCAGCCAUUUUGUAUGUAUAUGUAUGUAAGUAUGUAUGUAUUGUGACCACCGGCAGCAAAUUGUGCAAAUCGCUACCACAUGCUGCGGACAAUAGCAACGAUGUACUUAUGAUUAUAUAAAUGGACAAUAAAGCUAUUUUGAAUUGUUUGAAA